UAUAAUAGAAUGACCAAUGUUCUUGGUCAACAAAGUUAAUAAAUUAAUAUCAUCAUAUUAAAUCAAUCAAAUGAAAAAUUAACAAAUAUUUUUGAUGAAUGUCGUCAUUUUGAAUGAACAUUUUCUUAUUAAUCACGUGGAUAUACUUUCGAUAAGAAUUAGAAUUAUACGCCAUCUGCUUGCCAGCGGCGCCACUAAUGCGGCACCACUAAUGCGGCGCCACUUCUCUCUAUACGUGGCUCAAGUUUGCUAGAGGUUAUUUUGUUUGUUGAUUCGUAAACACUGCGAUCACGCUUUCUAUAAAUAAGAACGAAAUGUGCUGGCAUUUUCAUUGAGCAUAGCAUUUCAGCUCAACAACACGAUUCGAUUAAAACGGUUAAUAAUAAUAAUAAUAAUAAUAAUAAUUGGAUUUAUGCAAGAUUUAUUAUUCGUUGUGUGCCAUUAUUUGUUACUCUUUGUGGCGCCACCGAGUUGCUUUGGCAAAGUGGUCUAGUGUGGCGGCGUCUAAUGUGGCGUCUAAUGUGGCGCGCGCUAAUAUACCAUCAUAUUUUCACAAAAACAUGGAAGAUAUUAUCAAUAAUAUAAACAUUGAAGAAUUUAUUUCACAAAUUGAAGCACGUCCAGCUAUUUGGGAAUUAUCGAGUGACGAUUAUAACAAGAAAGCUGCUAAGAAGUACGCUUGGGAAGAAGUUAUUACCAAAUUUUAUCCUCAAUUUGAAAGAACAUCUAGCUCUGAGAGAAAUAAUAUUGGUAACAUUAUCAACUACAACAUUAUCAACUUUCUCUAUAUUUAUACUGUUCUCUUGUUUAUGAUUAUUUGUAUUUUUGCAGCCUUACGCUUUCAGAGAAAGUGGAAAAGUUUGCGAGACUGUUAUUCUAGAGAAUUAUUAAAAAUAAAAAAGGAGAAGGGAGCUCCAGCUAAUCGAAAACGCUAUAGGUAUUAUAAUCAAUUGAGUUUUUUACAAACUGUUGUAAAGCCGAUAUCGGUAAUAGAAAAUGUUGACAAUUGUUCACAAAUGUUGACUGUGCCUAUUAAAAAAGAAACAGAAGAGCAAAGAAGAGAUACGGAAGCUUCUAUUAAAUCAGGUUCUCGUAAUAAGAAAAGUACAUCGUCGUCGGAUAUGAAACAAGUUUUGGAAGAAGAUACGAAACUGUCGGAGGAGAAUCAAAUGUUUGUAAAUGUUGCUGAAAAGUUAAUAAGAGAACGUUGUCAAGAAACUAUGGAAAAGGACGAAGACACUUUAUUUGCGUUGUCGUUAGUAGCUGAAUUAAAAAAGAUACCAGACGAUAUUAAGUUUGAUGUUAAAUGUGAACUAUUAAAGGUAUUUAAGAAAGCUAGAUUCAGUCUAAGCUUUCGCCCUUCUACAUCUACACCCUCGACAUGUUUGGUUCACCCGUUAAAUUUUCCACCAUUAAGCAAUCAAUGCCAAUUGAUGCAAGGCUUUAGACAAAGUAGUCAAUCCAAUGCAAAUAGAUUCACUACUACUCAUACGCAAACUGCUACCUCUACGUAUCCACAAACUCAAAGUCCGUUAUCAUCUAACGUACAGACGCCUUCACCUACAUCUUCACAAACGUCACAAAAUUCGUAUAUCGACUUUGCCGAAAAUAUGUAGUUUCAUAUAAAUAUACCAGAUCCAUGGAUAAUAAUUUAUA